AUGGCGAAGAACAGGUGCAAAAAGAAUAAGAAGUAUGGUCCCACAUCAAUGGAUAUUACCACUCCAGAUGCACUGGAAGAUGUGCCUCAAGCUAUGGACACGUCAGAAACUGUAGUUGACGAUGAAACUCAUAAUGAUUCCAUCAGAAAAGUUAAGAAGCGGGUGCAGAUGAAAAGGAAGCAGAAAGUCCGGAAGAUGAAAGCCAUAGCAAGAGCUGUAGCUAAAACCGAAAGGAAAGCUACCAAGAUUCUGAACAAAGAAAGCAAGAAAUUGCGGACUCAAUCUGCGAAAAAGCUAUAUGACUGA